CAUAUUGAAAUCUUGAGAUGUGGCAAGUUUAAGUCUCUUGGCAAAUCUGAGACAUCGUUGAGAUCUGUAUUGAAACUGUAUUGUAAGAAACAUCUGAGAUUUCCGUUAUUGUUUAAAAUGUCAUUAAUGUCCAUAAAAAAACGAGAUGUGAGUUGUUCUUCUUUCUUAGGAAUGCGCUUUUCUUUCACAAUAAUCCUCAAGUUUUAGCGUACUACACCUGGCAUCUGAAGGGUUAAAAAAGGACACAUUUUUGAGACGAAGCAUUCCAGAGCGUCAGAUCUGUUUUUAACCUGCGGGGUCUCAAACAGAAUUCCCUGUCGCCCACAUCACAGCUAAAGGAUCGAGCCGCGACCCCUUCCACACUGUUCUCCACACAUGCAAACACUUGUUUCAUACCUGCACCCGGUCACAGGUCAAAUACACUCACACCAGAGCUCACGGCCAAAAUGCCAGCGAAUGCCAUUCAGAAAAUACCCCAGCCCCUGAUAUUCUGAUAUCAGAUCACCUCUUGUGUUUUCUUCAGCACAUUAUCGAGUCACAACUGAACACUGGAUGUGAAGACAAGACGUUCUGAUGGCUUUAUGGCUUCAUUAUCGGGUAAAUCUGUCUCUGAGGUAAAGUUGCAGUAUUUCUCGGAGAAACGCCCCGCUGAGUCUACAUUGUGCUAGUGAUUUAAGUCGGUACAAUACCCUGGUGACUAGAAUAGAAGAACGCGACAAAGCUUCUAAAGAAGGUCAGGCCCUCUCAUCACCAUGACGACACGUGUAGCAUCUUCAGGAAUGUCUAUAAAACCAAGCUUUAUUCUGCCUCAUCUUGUAUCUCUUGCGUCUGCCAUGACGGUGGAAAACCCCGGGCCAAAUCAGUUUCUCACUGUCUUUCGUACUUCACCCAAAAAUGCAAAAAAUGUCUUUUCUUAUUCGUAUGUCAUUUGCCCUGUGUGCUGUUAUUUAUGCAUAUGCACAAAAGGAUGUCUGAUGAAGGCCUUUCUAGAAGCUAAAACCUUUAACUCUUUGAUAGGGUUUAGUAUGCAGGUUUAUGAGUAAAAUAAUAGAAUUGCUUUUCUUUUUUGGGGGAGUUGAACUAUUGCUUUAGGUCGUGAACAUGUAUGUGUUGAGGUAUGUAAGGAGUGUCUAUAGCUCUGCAGCACAAUCUCCAAAGUGUUUGGUGGUCCCUCCCUUUAAAAGUGGGAGGGGAUUGUUCCAGACACAGCCCGAGGACCCCGUCUACUUCUGUUCAAUCCGGCAAAACUUCACAUCACUUUACAUUCUCCCUCACUCCCUCACCACACACGGACACGCUUUACCUGCAAAGCACAUAACCUGAGGAGCACACCUGGACAGGUAGCUUGUGAGGAGAGGCUUUGCUGCCAAAGAAGUGCUAGUCAUGUCUCCCACGCUGAGCUGCUCUCUGUUGUGUUUGGGUUUUCUGGGCGUCUGGGCUCAAGAGUUUUAUGAGGAAAGAACGGGACCCGCACGAGUGAAGACCAGGGGACAGACUUCAGCUCUUCUGCAGAAACAUGACGGUCAAGCCAUCUUGGAUGAGGACUGCAGUUUGGAGUUGGCCUUCCUGCUGGACAGCUCUGAGACGGCCAAAGACAACCACCAGCUGGAGAAACAGUUUGCGAUGGACAUUAUAGAAGGUCUACAGAGCAUCCGCUUGGACACGGCUCGUAAACUGAGCUGGAGAGCGGCUCUGCUUCAGUACAGCAGUCACGUCAUCAUCGAGCAGACCUUCAGACAAUGGAGAGGCUUGGAGAACUUCAAGAACAGCAUCGCGCCCAUGGCAUACAUCGGCCAUGGGACCUACACCACCUACGCCAUCACUAACAUGACCAAGAUAUUUGUAGAAGAAUCAAGUCCAGACAGCAUUAAGAUCGCCCUGCUGCUGACGGACGGCUCCUUCCAUCCCAGGAAUCCUGAUAUCUUCUCGGCGAUGGCCGAUGCAAAGAACCAGGGUGUGAAGGUCUUCACCGUCGGCAUCACCCACACAGCCAACGAGCUGGGAAACGUUGCCAACCUGAGACUGCUGGCCAGCACACCCGCCUCCAAAUUCCUUUAUAAUCUGCAGGACACGACCGUCAUGGAGAAAGUCAUCACUCAGAUUGCUCAACUGGCAAAUGAAGGGUGUCUUCUAGCCCCAAAGUGUGCUUGUGUGAAGGGGGAGCGAGGACCCAGCGGCCCUGCGGGUAAGAAGGGUCGUCCAGGUGAGGACGGAGCCUCCGGGCUUAAAGGUCAAAAGGGAGAAGCUGGUUUGAGUGGAUUACCUGGUCGUGAAGGCACAGAGGGUAAAGCAGGUUACAAAGGAGAGCAGGGUGAACAAGGAGAAUGUGGUACUCCAGGAAUCAAAGGAGACCGGGGUCCUGAGGGUCCGGUCGGCAUUCAGGGGGCCAGGGGUCUGCAGGGUAUAGCAGGACCACAGGGUGACAUCGGAGCGGAGGGCCCACAGGGCAAGAAGGGUGAGCGCGGCCCUGCGGGUCCACCUGGAAUUCAGGGUGAUGUUGGAGUUGGACUUCCCGGACCAAAGGGCGACAUGGGCUUUCAGGGUAGGUUGGGUCCACCGGGUCCACCUGGCAUUGGCGAGCCGGGUCUGCCUGGACCUCAAGGGCCACAGGGUGUUCAAGGAGAGAAAGGACCGCAAGGAGAGGGCUUUCCUGGUCCAAAGGGAGACCGGGGUCUAGAGGGUCCGAGGGGACAGAGAGGAUCGCCGGGUCCUGGAAUCAAAGGCGAUAAGGGUGAGCUCGGACCUCCAGGUUUGCCAGGACCAAUCGGGCUCCCGGGGGUUGGCAUUCAGGGAGAAAAGGGCGUUGAGGGUCCGAGGGGACCUCCAGGAGGACGAGGACUACAAGGAGAAGGUCUUCCAGGCCCUAAGGGAGAUCAAGGUUUGCCUGGAGAGAUGGGUGCUCCGGGAGAGAGAGGGCAAGGCGAAUCUGGAUCAAAGGGUGAACCUGGAUCUUCUGGGCUGGCUGGAGUACCCGGGCUUCCCGGAGAGGACGGUGCUCCAGGACAAAAGGGUGAGGCUGGUGCCAGUGGUUUGAGGGGACCUGAGGGGGCUUCAGGAAUCGGUAUUCAAGGAGAGAAGGGAGACCAGGGCCAGCGUGGCAUUCGAGGGUUGCCAGGUCCUCCUGGCAUAAGUGGCCCAUCAGGAGCAAAGGGUGAGCCAGGGACACCAGGAAGGUUAGGCAUGCCAGGAUUACCCGGGCGAGCUCUUGCAGGACCCAAGGGUGACGUGGGUCCCACAGGUCCUCCAGGACACAUUGGAGAGACGGGAUACGGCCUACCUGGUCCAAAGGGUGAUCGAGGUCAUCCAGGACCACUCGGGCCGUUCGGGCCUAAAGGUGAAGGAUUCCCUGGUCCGGUGGGUCUGCCUGGCUUCCCAGGCCCGCCAGGUGAGCCCGGCCCCGAGGGCAUCGGUAUUCCUGGACCAAAGGGUGAUGUUGGAUUCAGGGGUUUACCCGGUUUGCCAGGCCCACCCGGUGAAGGAUUGCAGGGACCACCAGGCAACAUGGGAAGACAAGGUCCUCCAGGGCCACACGGACCCCCCGGGGAGGGUAUUCAGGGACCUAAAGGUGAUCAGGGGGCUCCAGGAGUCACAGGACCGAGAGGUCCAGCAGGAGAGGGACUCGCGGGGUCAAAGGGGGAUCGUGGUUUGCAAGGCGAGAGAGGAAUAAAAGGUAUAAAAGGUGACAUGGGAGACCCUGGGACCACCGGAUUAUCUGGAAGACCAGGAAUUAAGGGUGAUGCGGGUCUCACUAGAGGAGAUAUAAUCAAACUGAUCAAAGAGAUUUGUGGAUGUGGCAUCAAGUGCAAGGAGAGGCCGAUGGAGCUGGUGUUUGUGAUUGACAGCUCAGAGAGCGUAGGCCCUGAAAACUUCGAGAUCAUCAAGGAUUUCGUCACCGCUCUCGUGGACCGAGUCACGGUGGGCCGUAACGCCACCAGAAUCGGUUUGGUUCUGUACAGCUUGGACGUUCAUCUGGAGUUCAACCUGGCCAGAUACAUGACCAAGCAGGAUGUCAAGAAGGCCAUCAGGAACAUGCCGUACAUGGGAGAGGGCACGUACACCGGCACCGCCAUCCGGAAAGCCACGCAGGAGGCCUUCUACAGCACCCGGAACGGCGUCAGGAAAGUUGCCAUCGUCAUUACGGAUGGGCAGACGGACAAGAGAGAACCCGUGAAGCUGGAUAUUGCCGUGCGCGAGGCUCACGUGGCUAACAUCGAGAUGUAUGCGCUGGGUAUUGUUAACAUAUCCGACUCGACGCAGGCCGAGUUCCGGAGGGAGCUGAACCUCAUUGCCUCCGACCCUGACAAUGAACACAUGUUUCUCAUCGAUGACUUCAACACGCUGCCAACUCUGGAAUCUAAACUGGUCAGUCAGUUCUGUGAGGAUGAGAACGGAGCCCUCAUCUACAACCGCAUCACCAACGGUGUGAACGGACACAACGGAUUCGGUUAUAACAACGCCCAUGAGGACGCUUCCGUACACGGGAAUAACGUCCACGGAAGCAGAUUCCAGGACACGGUGGACAGAACCCAGAGUCACACCAGAGGCCGGGGAAACAGCGUACCGCUUCCCAUCAGCCCCGGCCCUCUCAAAACACAGGUGGAUGAAGAGGACUAUGAAGGGGAGGACCUUGACAUAAAAACCCAAAGUCGAGGUGGAGGAACCAUCGCUGUUGUCAAUAAGACCGUCCAGCCUGUACAGCCAGGAACAAGUACAUCUUCAUCUACAUCAUCAUCGUCGUCAUCAUCAGUAUCACUAUCUUCUUCCGGUUCCACUUCCUCAGUGAAUGUGAACAUAAAACCCCGUCCUGUUGUCACUAAAGUGUUAGUGUCAGCUCCUCUAGAUCCUCGAUGUCUGUUGAUUUUAAGUCAAGGUUCCUGUAGAGAAUACAUCAUCCGCUGGUACUACGACAAACAGGCAAAUUCUUGCGCUCAGUUCUGGUACGGAGGCUGCGAAGGCAACGAGAACCGCUUCCAAACAGAGGACGAGUGCAAGAAGACGUGUGUCCUCACCAGCAAAGCUGGUUAACAUGGAUGAAGAUCUCACCUCAGACAUUCUACACUGAACCUUCAUAAAUGAACUUUGACGUUCUGCAAUGAUGGAGACGAUCAAACUUACACACCUUUUAAUGAUUUGCUGUAAUAUCAGAAUUGUGUAUCCGGCUUUUGGCAAGUUCACAAUCUAAAGAAAUGAAGUUAAAAAGCUUUGGUUUGUUUUAUCAGUCUUUAAAAAUCUGAGUCCUGUAGCUGCUGAACAGAUACACAGGUAUGAUAAUGAAUGUUCCUCUUUGUUGUCAUCAUUAUGUGCAUUCAUCCUCAUCAAACACAAUCCAUUUAUUCAUUCACAUUUUUUAUUUUUCACAGUAUAUUCUAAGAAUCUGUGCACUGCUCUACAUGUGACGAUUGUAACAUGUAGAAAAAUGUUUUGCAACCUUCACUGGGAAUUGAUUGUAUAUUUUUGUUUUUAUUUAAAUUGAUAUACAAUUUGUGACUUGAAUAAGCAUUUAUUAGGUUGUGUAAACAUCAUAAAUUAAGUUGGUCUGUGUCUGGGGGUUUUAUGAGGAUAUGAAUCUUUGGAUUGGAAUUUAGAAUUGUAGGGAGUUAAGCAAGUGUAUUAGGUUCUCAGGUCACUAUGAUGUAGUAAUUUAAAUUUAAUGAUAAUUUUCAAACAUGAUUUUGUAUAUAUUUUUAAUGUGCUAGUUUUACAAUGAUAAAUUCUUGUAUUUCAACAGAUAUUUGCAAACCGUAAUGAAUUAGCCACAUGAGAUUCCUGAUCAUUGUUAGUUCUCUGGAACAACUGUUGUUAGACGUGUACAUGUUUACUGUUAUACAUUUAUGCAAUUACGAUUUUUGAAGGUGUUUUUGAUAAUAAUUGUGGAUUUCAUGAAUAAAAUGUUUGGUUAAUAAUGAUGUCUGUCAUUGUGUUUGUUACAGAAAAAAAUAAAUGGUAGUCUAUCAUCUUUAUAACUGGAAUGAA